AUGCAUGCGUUCCGGCAGCGCCGGGUGGUUAGGGGGCAGCAGGUGGUGGAGGUCACCCGUCCCCUGGAGGCGGUUUUGAGGUUUGAGGACACGGCCGAACGCUGGCACUCGCAUGCCUCCCUGGCCCGUUCGCAUGGCUUUGGUGCCGAUACUGGGCACACCAUUGGUGUCCAUCUCCAGAGGGACCAGGAGGCUACUCUGUUCCCUUCCCAGACCAAGAACCUGGACUUCCGCCGGAAGUGGGACAAGGAUGAGUAUGAGAAACUCGCAGAGAAGCGGCUCACGGAGGAGAGGGAAAAGAAAGAUGGCAAACCAGCUCAGCCUGUCAAAAGGGAACUUCUGCGGCACCGGGACUACAAAGUGGACCUGGAAUCCAAGCUGGGGAAAACCAUUGUCAUUACCAAAACUACCCCUCAGUCAGAGAUGGGAGGAUAUUACUGUAAUGUAUGUGACUGUGUGGUGAAGGAUUCCAUCAACUUCUUGGAUCACAUCAAUGGCAAAAAACACCAGAGGAAUCUGGGCAUGUCCAUGCGGGUGGAGCGCUCCACGCUGGACCAGGUGAAGAAACGCUUUGAGGUGAACAAGAAGAAGAUGGAGGAGAAGCAGAAGGAUUAUGACUUUGAGGAGAGGAUGAAGGAACUCCGUGAGGAGGAGGAGAAGGCCAAAGCCUACAAGAAGGAGAAGCAGAGAGAGAAGAAGAGGCGGGCGGAGGAAGAUUUGACCUUUGAAGAGGAUGAUGAAAUGGCAGCUGUGAUGGGUUUCUCUGGUUUUGGCUCAACCAAAAAGAGCCACUGAACAGCUCUGGACUCUCCUCUUUCUCUAAACAGCUUGUUUUUACCCAGGGAACUCUGGAUAACUCUUCAAAGACUUGAUUGAGGACUUGUAUGUAAAUCUCCCAGUAGAAGUUGGCUGGAAGAGUUGAAAAGCAAUUCCAUACUCUACCUGUGCUGCAGAUCAAGCUCUGCCUUUCAUUAGCUUCCCUUCUCCUUCUGUGUCCUAGAUCUGGCUGCUCUGUGGCCGUGUGUGUGCAGGGAAGUGCUCUGUUGGGUACAUUUUUUUUGUCAAUAAAGUGCACAUUCUGCACAGGUGGCCUGGUUCAGGAUUAAUCUAGUUAUCAACCAGGCCCUACUUGUCACCCAAGCUGUGUUUGAGAUGCUGGGAGGGAUUCACUUGCUUUCAGGCUCAUAGUGAAGGAAAUGUGCCACAGCAAGCAGUGUGAGAGGUGCAUCUUUAUGGCUUGUGCUGAGCAGAGCUGGUGGCUGCAUGGAGUCUGGGUUGCUGAAACUUUCCUGUGUGUUUUAUCUGCAAGGGAGACUUCCCUCUUUUUCUUUGUGUUUUAGCCCAUAAUUUCAGUAUCUUUAAGGUAGGGGAGAAAUUCCUCCCCAUGACUGGUAUAGGAUAGAGCCAAUGAAAGAAAGGUGUGUACAAUUUGCCAGAAAUAAAUGGAAUGUUUUAAUGGGUC